AUGAGAAAUAAUCAUUGGAUUUUUAUAAAAAGUAAUCAUUAAUAAUGGUCUAUCAUAUAGAAUUUAAUCUUAAGGGCUUAUGAAGUGCAAAGUAGGGAUAUCAAGUUAAGGCUUUCCCACUGGAAGGUGGAAGAAGGGAGCAUUUAUAAUAAUGAAAAACUUUGGCAGAGAGCUGAUAUUUAUUUUUCCAAUAUGGUAAAACUGUAAAAGAGAGUUCACCAUUCCACCUCCCUAAGAGAAUCCCAUCAAACCAUCAUAAGGACCUUCCUUUUCAAUAUGGUCUACAAUGUAUUACAGGUCUCUAAUAAGCUAAUUUUCAUAGUCGCUAGAGCUCCAGGAAGCCCAACUAUAAACACACUCAUCUUUCUCAAGUAUCUUUUUCAAACCUGGAUCAUCAAAUUCAUCUGA